AUGGUCCACUCCAAAAAGCCAGUUCUUCUGUUUUUAAUGGAAACAAAGCUUGAUGCGGUGCAAAUGGAUGGUAUAAGGAACAAGUUGAAAUUUGAUAAUAUUGUCACAGUGGAUAGUGUGGGCCAAGGUGGUGAAUUAGCCUUACUAUGGAAUAAAGUUUUGGAGAUCAACAUUCUGGAUAGUUCUGUCAACUUCACAGACAUUACAGUCAAGAUGAGUAAUGUUCCCUCCACUUGGCGUUAUACUGAUGCUUAUGGGGGACUUCAACGACAUUUGCGUCCCAGAAGAGAAAUCGGAGGAGCGGCUCAACCCCAAUGGCUCAUGAAUGGCUUCAAUGAAGCCAUUGUUUACUGUGGACUUAGAGAUCAUUGGUUCAAGGGCUACCAGUUCACCUGGGAAAAAGGGAGAGGGACUUCUCACUGGAUUAGAGAGAAACUCGACCGUAUUAUGGUUAACAACACUUGGCUAGAUUUGUUCGAAGGAGCAAAUGCAGAGUCUUUCGAAGCACCUGCAAGUGAUCAUAUUCCCAUAGCAAUCUGGCCGUCUCCUGCUUCAAGAUCAAGGAAACGUAGGUGUUUUAAAUUCGAAAAUUAUUGGUUGAAGGAGACGCGGUGCAGAGAAAUUGUUCAUCAAAGCUGGUCAAAUUCUCAGGGUCUUCAAAUUAGUUCCAGAUUUGAGAUUUGUAGCUAUGAGAACUGGAAGUGGGGCAUAGAUUAUAAUCGGAACAUGCAACCACAGAUCGACAAUCUUAAGAAAAGACAAAACCAAUUCUGGAAGCAGAGGGCCAAGCUCUAUUGGCUCAAAGGUGGUGAUAACAACACGAAAUUCUUCCACAAUGCGGUGAAUCAGAGAAGGAUGAACAAUGAGAUACUUAGACUUCGUGAACAGCAAGGCAAUUGGAUUCCUCAAGGUCCCAGCCUAGACUCUCUGGCAGUUUUUGGCAUGCACCCGGACAAGAGCCCGGGUUUUGAUGGUUUUAAUCCGGGGUUUUUUCAAUCGUAUUGGGAUAUUUUAUGUGACAGUUUGGUGGAUUUUUGUAAUGAAUUUCUGACCUCUGGAAAGCUGCCUAAGAACAUUAAUAUAACCCAGAUCGUGUUGAUUUCUAAAAAACUCACCCCUGAGACCAUGGCCGACUUAAGGCCAUUUGCCUUAUGUUCUGUUGCCUAUAAGAUUCUUGCCAAGGCGUUGGAAAAUAGGUUAAAGGGCUUAUUGAAUGAUCUCAUUUCUGAGAAUCAAGGUGCUUUUGUCCUAGGAAGACAAAUCACCGACAACAUAAUGAUUGCAUUCGAGAUGCAACAUUAUAUGAAACGUAAGUCCCAGGGGAAAAAUGGUUUAGCUGCCCUCAAUGCUAUGAUCAGGGAUUACGAGAGAAUUGGCAGAAUUCAUGGUUUCACAAUGGCCAGAAAUGCUCCUUCUAUUAGCCACCUAUUUUUUGCCGAUGAUAGCUUCAUUUUCUUCAAGGCAUCGGUGGAGGAAGUAACAAAUCUGAAACAACUUCUUAUGGACUAUGAGAAAGCCUCUAGUCAAUGUAUAAACCUGAACAAAUCAACACUGGCUUUUAGCAAAAAUACCUCUGAUCCUGUGAGAGAUCAGCUCAGCAACAUCUUGGGCAUUCAUCACAGUGGCAAUAAUGGAAACUAUUUGGGGGGCUCCCUAUGA